CGGCGCGGGGCUGCUGCAGGCGGAGAGGCGCGGAGCAGCGCGGAUCCGCCGCACGGCCGCCCGGAGGUGAGGUCCAGAGAAGAGGCCCUGUGAACUCAGAGCCAAAUGGCAGCUGCCUUCAAGCUGGGAGCAGAGGCCUCAGAGUGAAACCUGCACGUUGGCAUCUUAGUCUUGAACUUCUCAGCCUCCAGAACUAUUCCUAAGACUCCAGGGCCUUCACGCUGUGACUCGUCAGGCGGUUCCUGAAACGACCGGGAGAGCGGACGCUUUGCGCACCCGCUGAACAGCGUAUGUCUGUGUACGUUCAAAACCUCUCCAUGCACACACACUCAUUCACGGAGACAGGCUCGUUCCGGUGCACACCUGAAGCGUUUCACAACUAAUGAGAGUUAAUUUGGGAAUCAGAUGGAGCAACUUGACACCUCCGGGCUCAGGAGCCCGGGGAGAAAAACACAUCAGUGAUGGCCAGUUUUCCAUGUGGUCUUCACGGGUAAAGAAAGUUUCAAAAAGAAGGAAAAAAAAAAACUUGCGCAGAUCAAGCCACAGAAAUACCUCUCCAGUUUAAAGCAGGAGCUAAGUGAGACGGUGACGAAGAGAGGAGAGUGAGUUCACGCAGUGCAGGGGGGACCAGGCCUUGGUUUCCGCGCUUUAUUUUUCCGUGGACCUGGUGACUCGGACGGGCUUGACAGUCCUGGGCUGACAGGCGACCGUUACCGGAAGGAUGUGACCGGAGGAGAGGCGGUUCAGGUUUGACGGGACAAGCCAGAGCAGGGACCCGGUUCCUUUGCCCUCUUCAGUUGACUGUGUCCGCGAAAUUUUAAUUUAUUAUUUCCCUUUUUUUUUCCUGUGUAGGAUAAUAUCUUAGGUAGCAGUGGAAACCAAUAAUUACAAAAUAUCAAGGAACGUCCAGGCAAAGCUUCUUUUCCCUGUUCUGUCCGUGUGGACUUUGGAAACAUUCUCUGAAUGUGAACUGGAAAGGGCCCGUCCGCAGAACGUGGGGAAGAACCCAACCUGUGCUGCUGUGUUUCCGUUUGCAGGGACUCCCUUUUCCGCGGAGUCCAGGAGGACCUGCAUAUGUGAGGGGAGGAUUACGCGGUGGACUUAAGUCUGAGUUUAGUUUUUAUUUCCUUCGCGAUGAAAAAGGACGUGGUGUCUAGAAGCAGAAAGGGGAGAAGUUAGACUGGGGAAGGGAGGAAGGAGGAGACGGACGACACCCUGCAGCGCGGCUUCACCUGAGGCAAACGCCUGGACCGUUGUCAGGGCUUUGGGACAUUCUAGCUCUGCGGAGUGAAGGGCCUUCCCCGCUCUCCACCCCCAUGGCACGGAGGGCCGCGUGGGCCUGCGGAGCGGCGGUCAGAUAGAGCCCAGCGCCCCCUGGGACACGGCGACCCGCCGGGAGGCCUGGCUGUGCCCCGAGGUGGGGCGUUUGGGGUUCUGAAGAGUGGGAAAGGCGUCUUCUCUUCCUAAGCGUGGAUUGCCGCCCGCACAAACUCUGGUGGUUUUGCACGGGUUGUGUGCCUUUUUCCCCCCUUUAUGCAAUCUUUCUCAGCUUUAGCAGCAGCAGAGAUUUGUUGAGAAAAGCAUGCCAGAGGAUGGCGUUAGAGAGAGGAUGACCCCGUGUUCUGUGUCUGCAUCUGAACUUUUGAAGACAAAAUUCCAGCUCGAGGGAUUCUUAAAGCCUUAAGUUACUUGAAAUCUAUGUAUUUGCAACCCUUGGUCUCUGGAAUCACGUUACACUAAACUGGAAUCUCAGGCUGAAGGAGCAUAACCAAGUCGAGGGGAAGGAAGAAAACUCGGUUUCUCGAUCACCACAUACUGACAAGGCUCUCUCUCCAGAGGGUCAGCCCACUGUUCCUCUAAGGACUUGAAACUGAGAGGGGACCCCGCGUUUUUUUAAGCAUCACCUUUUCUUACCAGACUGCCAUCAUCUUUUAUAGAGGAAUUUUUUCACUAUGCAUUUGGUGGAUCUUUAUAAAUUACUGACCUUCUAAUUAGAUCCAGGUCAAUCUUAAUUAACGGGGGUCAGGGAAAACAACGCAAGCCAACCACAAAAAUAGAAUAAAUCAAUGAAAGGAAUUGAUUGACAUUUUUGGGGCAUCCAGCAUUACUUUUUGAGGAAAACAGUUCACUGGAAAAAAGUAUGUACGCAGCGGUGGAGCAGGGGCCAGUCCUUUGCAGCGACUCCAAUAUCCUCUGCCUGUCUUGGAAGGGGCGCGUCCCCAAGAGCGAGAAGGAAAAACCUGUGUGCCGGAGGCGCUACUACGAGGAGGGCUGGCUGGCCACGGGAAACGGCCGGGGCGUCGUGGGCGUGACCUUCACCUCCAGCCACUGCCGCCGGGACAGGAACACCCCACAGAGAAUUAACUUCAACCUGCGGGGCCACAACAGCGAGGUGGUGCUGGUGAGGUGGAACGAGCCAUACCAGAAGCUGGCCACGUGUGACGCGGACGGAGGGAUAUUUGUGUGGAUUCAGUACGAAGGAAGGUGGUCUGUGGAACUGGUCAAUGACCGAGGGGCUCAGGUGAGUGAUUUCACCUGGAGCCACGAUGGGACUCAGGCACUUAUUUCAUAUCGAGAUGGAUUUGUCCUGGUCGGCUCUGUCAGUGGACAGAGACACUGGUCAUCUGAGAUCAACUUGGAAAGUCAGAUCACAUGUGGCAUAUGGACUCCUGAUGACCAACAGGUGCUUUUUGGCACGGCCGACGGGCAGGUGAUCGUCAUGGACUGCCACGGCCGGAUGCUGGCCCACGUCCUCCUGCACGAGUCCGACGGCAUCCUGGGCAUGUCCUGGAACUACCCAGCCUUCCUGGUGGAGGACAGCAGCGAGAGUGACACGGAUUCCGACGACUACUCCCCUCCCCAAGAUGGCCCAGCCGCAUAUCCGAUCCCGGUGCAGAACAUCAAACCUCUGCUCACCGUCAGCUUCACCUCGGGGGACAUCAGCUUGAUGAACAACUACGACGACUUGUCUCCUGCCGUCAUCCACUCAGGACUGAAAGAGGUGGUGGCCCAGUGGUGCACGCAGGGAGACCUCCUGGCCGUCGCUGGCAUGGAGUGGCAAACCCAGCUCGGGGACCUUCCCAACGGCCCUCUCCUGAAGAGCGCCAUGGUCAAGUUCUACAACGUCCGCGGGGAGCACAUCUUCACGCUGGACACCCUCGUGCAACGCCCCAUCAUCUCCAUCUGCUGGGGCCACCGGGACUCCAGGCUGCUGAUGGCGUCGGGACCGGCCCUGUACGUGGUGCGCGUGGAGCACCGGGUGUCCAGCCUGCAGCUGUUGUGCCAGCAGGCCAUUGCCAGCGCCCUGCGAGAAGACAAAGAUGUCAGCAAGCUGGCUCUGCCCCCCCGCCUCUGCUCCUACCUCUCCACUGCCUUCAUCCCCACUAUCAAGCCCCCGAUCCCAGACCCCAACAACAUGCGAGACUUCGUCAGCUACCCUUCGGCCGGCAACGAGCGUCUGCACUGCACCAUGAAGCGCACGGAGGACGACCCGGAGGUGGGCGGCCCAUGCUACACCCUCUACCUGGAGUACCUGGGUGGGCUUGUGCCUAUCCUCAAGGGGCGGCGCAUCAGCAAGCUGCGGCCAGAGUUUGUCAUCAUGGACCCCCGGACGGAUAGCAAAGCAGAUGAACUCUACGGGAGCAGCCUGAUGUCUGCCGUGGCCGACAGCUGCAACUGCUCGGACUCCAGCGACGUCGAGCUGAGCGAUGACUGGGCCGCCAAGAAGUCUCCGAAAAUCUCCCAAGCGAGCAAGUCGCCCAAACUCCCACGGAUCAACAUCGAAGCCCGGAAGUCCCCCAAGCUGUCCCGGGCCGCCCAGGAGAUGUCCAGGUCCCCGCGGCUGCCCAUUCGCAAGCCCUCCGUCAGCUCCCCCGGCCUCACACGAAGAGAGUUCCCCUUUGAGGACAUCGCUCAGCACAACUAUCUUGCUCAGGUUACGUCUAAUAUCUGGGGAACCAAAUUUAAGAUCGUGGGCCUGGCUCCUUUCCUGCCGACCAACCUUGGUGCAGUGAUCUACAAAACCAGCCUCCUGCACCUCCAGCCACGGCAGAUGACCAUUUAUCUCCCAGAGGUUCGGAAGGUUUCCAUGGACUUCGUGAACUUGCCUGUCUUCAACCCGAAUGUGUUCAGCGAAGAUGAAGAUGACUUACCAGUGACGGGAGCGUCCGGCGUGCCCGAGAACAACCCGCCCUGUACCGUGAACAUCCCUAUCGCGCCCAUCCACAGCUCCGCGCAGGCCAUGUCCCCCACGCAGAGCAUCGGCCUGGUGCAGUCCCUGCUGGCCAAUCAGAACGUGCAGCUGGACGUCCUGACCAACCAGACCACCACUGUGGGCGCCGCUGAGCACGGAAGUGAGAAUGCUAACCAGUACCCGGUCUCCAACCGCUACUCCAGCCCCGGGCAGGUGAUCUUCGGCGGAGUGGAGAUGAGCCGUAUGAUCCCAAGCGCCCCCCAGCUGCCCCUGCCGCCACCCAUGCAGGGGGCGGUCCCGCUGUCAGUGGUGGAGCUGGGAGACCGUGAGCACGAGCACCUGCAGAAGCCAGCCAAGGCGCUGCGGCCCACGCAGCUGACCGCCGAGGGGGAUGCCGUGGUAUUCGGCGCCCCCCAGGAGGUCCAGGUGGCCAAGCUGAACCCCCCACCGCCCUACCCGGGAACCAUCCCCGCUGCCCCCACCACGGCAGCGCCGCCGCCCCCGCAGCCCCCUGUGGACGUGUGCUUGAAGAAGGGCGACUUCCCGCUGUACCCCGCCGCGGUGCAUUACCAGCCGCCCCUGGGCUACGAGAGGAUCACCACCUUCGACAGCAGCGGCAACGUGGAGGAGGUGUGCCGGCCCCGGACGCGGGUGCUGUGCUCGCAGAACACCUACACGCUCCCCGGCCCCGGCAGCUCGGCCACCCUGAGGCUCACCGCCACCGAGAAGAAGGUGCCCCAGCCCUGCGCCAGUGCCACCCUGAACCGUCUGACGGUCCCGCGUUACUCCAUCCCCGCCGGAGACCCGCCCCCGUAUCCUGACCUGGCUGGCCCGCUUGUCGCGGGCCGGGUGGCGGCGGCACAGCGGCUGGACGGCGGCCUCAUCCACGCCACGCUGCGCAGGAAUAACCGCGACGUGGUGCUCAGGGCCGCGGCUCCGGCUGAGUCCCUGCGGGCCCUGCCGCAGCACCUGCCCUUGCAGCACCCGGCCAAGCCCAAGGGCACGGCGCAGUUCCCCGCGCGACCCCAGGCCGCCCUCUACACCUGCAGCCAGUGCAGCAGCGGGGGUGCGGCGGGGCGGCCCGAGCAGGGCCCGGGGGCUGCGCACGCAGCCGGCACCUCCCCGCUGGCCUCACAGUCGCAGUCCUCCUACAGCCUCCUGAGCCCACCCGACGGCACCCGCGAGCGCACCGACUACGUCAACUCGGCCUUCACCGAGGACGAGGCGCUCGCCCACCACCUGCCGGCUGAGAAGCCCCCGAGGCACCCUGUGCUGCCCGACGCCGCCGUGGCUGUGAAACGGCCACCCCCUUACCACUGGGACACUGUGCUGGGGGAGGACGUCUGGGUGCCUCAGGGAAGGACAGGACAGUCUGGAGUGUCCAACCUGCUGAAACUGUCCCCUCUGGUGGUAGGUCAGAGCCAGCACCUGGAUGUGUCCCGAGUGCCCUUUGUCUCCCCCAAGUCUCCCACCAGCCCUACUGCCACUUUCCAGACAGGCUAUGGGGUGGGGGUGCCGUAUCCGGGAAGCUACACCAGCCCUCCUUUGCCAGGAGUGCAGGCCCCCUGCUCCCCGAAAGGCACCCUGUCUCCAGCACAGUUUGUGCAGCAGGAGCCCGCGAUGGUCCUGCAGCCGGCCUACCCGCCCAGCCUGGCCUACUGCACCUUGCCGCCCAUGUACCCUGGAAGCAGCGCGUGCUCGAGUUUACAGCUGCCGUCCGUCGCCUUGCACCCCUGGAGUUCCUACAGCGCGUGCCCGCCCGUGCAGAACCCCCAGGGCACUCUCCCCGCCAAGGCACACCUGCUUGCGGAGAAGCCCCUCGUGUCCCCACCGUCCUCUGACCUCCAGAGCCACCUGGGGGCAGAGGUGAUGGUGGAGACCACUGACAACUUCCAGGAGGUCCUCUCCCUGACGGAAAGCCCGGUUCCCCAGCGGACGGAGAAGUUCGGAAAGAAGAACCGGAAGCGCCUGGACAGCCGGGCGGAGGAAGGAAACGUGCAGGCCAUCACUGAGGGCAAGGGGAAGAAGGAGGCUCGGACUCUGAGUGACUUCAACUCCCUGAUCUCCAGCCCCCGCCUGGGGAGAGAGAAGAAGAAGGUGAAGAGUCAGAAGGACCAGCUGAAGUCGAAGAAGCUGAACAAGACGAACGAGUUCCAGGACAGCUCGGAGAGCGAGCCCGAGCUGUUCAUCAGUGGGGACGAGCUCAUGAACCAGAGCCAGGGCAGCAAGAAGGGCUGGAAGAGCAAGAGGAGCCUGCGGGCGGCCAGCGAGCUGGAGGAGUUCAAGUGCCGCAAGGCCAGUGAGCGCGAGGACGGGCGGCUGGGCAGCCAGGGCUUCGUGUACGUCAUGGCCAACAAGCAGCCCCUCUGGAACGAAGCCACCCAGGUGUACCAGCUGGACUUUGGCGGGCGCGUGACCCAAGAGUCGGCCAAGAACUUCCAGAUCGAGCUGGAGGGGCGGCAGGUGAUGCAGUUUGGAAGGAUCGACGGCAACGCGUACAUCCUGGACUUCCAGUACCCCUUCUCGGCCGUGCAGGCCUUCGCGGUGGCCCUGGCCAACGUGACUCAGCGCCUCAAGUGAAGACACGGCUCCCGGGGCAGCCAGAGGCAGAGGACCCUUUUCGGAGAGGUCCGGUCUGGAUGCUGGAGGAGCCGCAUGGGGCGCGGGUGCUGGGGGGGGGUGGGGACCAGAAGACGAGAGCCAACUGGAAAAGUCCGUCAGGCCCAGGGGAGGGCGCUGACCUUUAGCAUUGUCAUUUCUUUAGGCUUUUAUUAUUCCUUUUUGUCUUUCUUCUUUCUUUUUAAUCAAGCAAAACAGAAUACAGGAGUGUGGUGUGUAGAAGCAGAGGGCCAGGCACCUGGUGUCCUUUUAGAAAUGUGAUUGCUCGUGGUCACGCCCCACCGGGUUAGCUUAUGCCAGCUGCGGGCCAGGGGCCCCGGCCCCUGAGGAGGACAGACUGCCUUGUGUAGCCUGCUGUUCUUUCAGACGCAAGGAGUGUGCGUUCUUUUUAUUCUCUGCAACAUCCCUAGUGUAAAAACAAAAAAACAAAACAAAACAAAAAAAAACUUUUUUAAAAAAAACACAACCAAAAAUU